UUUCAGUGUGCAAUUAAUGAUUACCUGGUGUUCAAAGAUAUAUUUAAAGCUUGUUGUGCUCCCUUAUCCUCAGCUCUUUGGGCAAAACCCCCCCAUUAAUUUGAAAAGCAGCAGCAGAUGAAAAAACCAAAACAAAAAAAAAAUCCUAUUUCCCAUAACCUACAGUCAACUCGUGAAUGCAUGCCAGCAUGUCUGUUGAGUAUUAGCCAAAACCAAAAAUAAAAGUGAGAGUGAAAUCAUCUGAGAAAAAAUUCACAAAAUACAAAAAUUGUUGUAGAAAAAAAGCACAAAAAAAAAACAUUUAACUACAUUUGCUAUGUCAUAUCGGCGAUUUAUUGUGGGGCCAACAUAAUACAAGGAGAAAAGAAAACCCCAAGAUAAAGGGAAAAAUGUCAUUUGCUAAUAAGCCAGCCAAAGCAAUAACAACAGCAGUAGUAGCAGACAAUUUUUGUGCUCAGAGGCCAAACUGAAGCUGGGGGAACAUUUAUGGUGGUUUUAUUGUUCAUGUGGAUGACGGUUGUUGCUUCUUCCCUGCCGCCUGUGUGUGAGUUGGAUGUCACAUCUUGACGCCGCCGCCUGUUGCCAUAGAAAGCUUUUAAGAUUUUAAAAUUUUGCAAAACAAUGGCUGUACAAAACCAAAGAUUACCAAAAGAUAAUUUAAACCAUGCUAAAAUCACUACAACAACAACAACAACAGCACCACCACCUCCAUCAGUAGUCACGGCCCCAUCACCAUUUGCGGCAGUAGCUGCACCAGCUAAUUUAUCAAUGCCUACCAACAAAAAUUUCCCAACUAUGGCGCAGGCGCCGCCAACGACAUCAACAUCAACAUCGACUUUAGCAGCACCUGCACACUCAAAUCAGCAUCAGCAUCAAUCUCAUCAACAACAGCAGCAGCCAUCUAACACGGUGACAUCAACGCAGCCAGCAACGAAUGCCAAUGGUGGACCCCGAGUCUCAUUUAAUCGAGAUGUUCAUGUCAAACGAAUUGGAAAACGAUCCAACGAUUCAACGAAUUUUGAGACAACAAAUCUCCAGCCGCCUCAACAUCAUCAGCAGCAUAUACCAACGCCGGCCUAUCAUCAAGUGCCUGCCGAUCUCUCGGCGGAGAAUAUCCACAGGGAGGCUGCCUUAGUUUUGGCUCAAGCCAAACGCCAUAAAAGUAUUGCCGAAAAUGGUGACAACAUACCCACAUUCCGGGUGAAGACAAAACGUUCCGGCGAUUCUGCAAAUUCGUCCUCCUCCAUACCCAAGAAAUUCCAUUCCUUGCCUUCGCGUAAAAAGAAACCCCCCGCCAAGCCGGUAAGUCGCAGCAAUAGUGACGCUGCCGCUGCCAAGAAACCCCCCAAGAAACCCUCCAUUUUCAGUCUCUUCAGUCGCAAGAGUGACUCGAAUAUCAAUCAGCCGGAUAGGGAUCCCCGCUUUGAGGAUAGCGGUGGUCGUCGUUUGGUGCGUAGCAAAAGUGAUGUGGGCUCCUCAUCGUACAAGCUAAAGAAAGUACUCAAGGAACCCAAAGUACCGCUUGCCUCCUUGCCCCCGGGUAGCAGCAGCAAGCAUUUGCCCUCCCAAUUGAGCCCCAUUAUUGAAAACGAUUCCCGAGACGAUUGUUUCGAAGAGGAUUUUGUUAGGGAACGCCGCAAAUCGGAAGCCAUCACCGAUAGGGAAAAACAUGAGAGUGCCAUUAAUGAGCUGUUAGCUCGCAGUCGCUCCCAGGUCGAGGUUGAUGGUACAUUGGUGGGACGCAUACCCGUCUCCGAAGGCAUUAAAGAGAAGAUUCUAACCCUACAGGCUAAGUCACAAGAGAACAUGCACAGCUCUCAGUUGCCAGUGCAAAAAUUGCCCCUGACCAAAGGCCAUACGGUGAAUGGUAUGGUGAAGCGUCUUUCGAUGGAGAGAUUUUCGCCACCGCCCACCAUAUCAGGGCCGGCCUUUUCCUAUAUAAGGCCCAAUGAGGGCAUUACCUAUGCCCAGCUGGAGUUGCAGGAUGAGCCCCGCGCAAGGCGAGAGUUCACUCGCUCCCCUGUACAUGAUUACCGCUCACCGGUGCGUGAACUGCGCGAUGUGCGUGAUGUGCGCGAUAUACGCUCAGCCUCCAGAGACAUUUUUACCCCUGAACGCGAAUUGAUUAGCACCACUGUGCUCAACCGUAACCCUGCCGAAGACCAAACCGAUUUCGUAACUAGUCAAAGGAAUAACUACUCGCCUACCUAUAAUGCGGCCAAAGGCUCCACCACCAUCCACAUUGGUGGCUCUUUCUCUCCCUCGCCCUGGCAAAUGCUAUCGCCACGCAAUCUCAGCGACGAGGAUGAAGGCUUGGGCCUGGAGACUCGAAAAUUCUACGAAGAAGAUGUGCUGCAAAGCAAACGCAGCAAAUCCCCGGCUGAGCCUCCCAUAGUGCCGAAAAUUCGCAGCAUAACACCGCCCAGGGAGAAUGGCUUUCACAGCACGGAACGCUAUAACACACCCACCAGGGACCCCAACCCCAAUGACGAUAUGGGCUAUAGGCGGGCACGUCUGGAGUCGCGCAUUCUAACACGCAGAUUUGGUGAUACAGCCACACUGGAGAGAAAUGGCUACCAUAAUCGUUCGCGUGAGAAUUCCCAUGAGCGUUUGCUGGAGGAACGUGAGAAUGCAAACAACUUCCAAACAAGACCCAGAUAUGCCCUCAGCCCAGAGCGUGAGGUAAGGCAGGAGGCCUAUGAGGCCAACCGUUUCCACAAGCCCGAGGUAAAGGAGAUUCUCAAUAAAUACUCUCCCGAGAGAUCCCAUUUGGAUAUCAUAUCACCCUCAAACAGCAACACCACCACCAAUAAAAUCGUCAACGCUAGCACUACGGCCCCAACUUCCACCAUGGAGAAGACCUCUCGCUAUAAGCACACCAAAUACUAUGAUGAUGGCCAUGGUGGGGUAAAGGAGGUCUACGAAAGAGAAACUCAAUUCGAUACCGAUGGCAAGCCUCAUGUACGGGAGACUAGGCAUCGUGAACGUCUGGACUCGUACUCGGGCAAGCCCAUAAGGGCCGCCUCACCUUUACAUCUGGAAAGUCAGAGACUUCGUUCGGACUCGUAUUCGGGAAAAGUGGGUCGUGAAAGUUCUCCCAUCGCAGCAGAUCAUCAUCAUCAUCUGGAACGCCAAUUGAUAACCACAGACUAUGAGCCCAAAUCCUUCGAUUCUCAAUUCACCACCACCGAUCAAUAUCGCUCCUCGCCAGAGAACAUGAAACGCUAUGAAGUUAAUGGUAGGGUGAGUAGCGAGGAUCGUUGGCACAGCAGCUUGAAAAGAGAUAAGCUGCAGCAACGAAGCUUUGACAAAGGCGACUCGGGUAUUGAAAAUGAUUUUCGCAAGGAAUCCUUCAAUGGGGAUUUGGUAAAUAGAUGGCGCAAACGCACCAUAGCCGAUGACAUCAAGUCCUGUGACAGUUUCCUUAGAAAGGAACGUCGCCAUUGUGAACAACUACGCCAAGCUGCCAAGCGUUCUGCUGAUAGUUAUCACUAUCGUGAACGUUCCAUAGAUGAUGGUUCCCAUUACGAUCCUCACUUGGAUAAAUAUCCUCCUAACAGCUCUACCCUACGGCGCCGCGAUCAACAAUCACAAACACCCCAGGAGGGUGAUGGCAAAAAUAAUACCUCAACUUUGAAACGUACCAAGAAAUUGGGUGGCUUUGAAAAAGUCAAACAACUGUUUACAGGUGGUAGCGGUAAUAAUACCGGCUCCUCGCUGCCCGAUAAAAAAGAUGCCGAACGCAAGAGUAUGAGCAGCAGCACCAGCAGCAGUGCCGGCACCCAACAGACCGUCAAGUCUAAGGAUAAAGACAAGUACAUGGUUAAGGAGGAAGAGAUACGCUCCACACGUUAUGCUCAUCGGGGAGAGCAUCGCCUAAAUGGCGGUGUGGCGGUAGUUAACGGUGGCGCCGGCAGCAGCAGUAGUGGUGGCGGCCACAGCAUUGGUGUGGGUACCCAAACACCAGAGAAUAUGCGUGAACCAAAGGCCAUUGAUAUAUCCAUGCGUCGUCGUUUAUCGACCCCAAAAGCUAGUCCUCUUUUAUUGAAACGUACCUCAUCGGAUAAAAAUCGCAAAGAAUCGCCAUUGGCUAAACCUGAAAAGACCAGUUGGUUCAAAUCUCUGGAUCGCAGAUCGAAAAGUAAAUCAAAGGAAAAGUUAAAUGCCUCGGAGACAUCAAGUUUGAAGAGAAGCAAGAAUUUGCACAGCAGCACGCCUCAGCAGCAGACUACGAAAAAUCUAAGAUUUUUCGGUGAUACAGAUUUGGAUUCCAAUCCGCCUACCAUAUCCAAAGGCAGCAGUACUCUCAAAUCUCGCCCCUUGCUUGCUUCAAAUCUCAAUCGAUCGCAAAAGUAUUCCCAAAGCGCCUAUCACAUAGAUCGAAUACGCUCGGAUAGCCCACAGAGGCAAGACUAUCGUCACAGUUUGGCCUCGGGCUCCAAGUCAUUGGGAGCAACAGCGGCGAACAAUGCCGCAACAACAACAACCACCUUGUCAACGAGCACCACCAGCACUCAGCGUCAUAAGAGCACUUCGAUGCAUAAUUUGGAUAAUCAUCAUCAGGGUAACGGUAACGAUGAGGUUGAUUUCCGUCGCAGACGUCAUUACUCACGAUCACGUGAACUCGAUCACAUCUCGGAGAGUGGUUCGGAGACGGAAGAUCAGGAUAAGACAAGAGCAGGUCUAAUGACAGCACGCACACUAUCACGAGAUCGUUUGGAUCGCUUGGAUCGUACACAACGAUAUGAUGAGCACUCAUAUCGCCGCAGUAACGAUCGUCCCACAUCGUCAACGCCGAAUGGUGACACGAGCAGUAGUAACCAACAUCAGCCGAGGAGAAGUCAGCCAUAUUUAAUGGGUCCUCCAAAGCCAGCACGUAGUGCUGAAAGAAGAGCCAUGUCCUAUUCGAGAGAACGUGAUCGUUUCCCUGCCGAAAGUUCCGGUACUGAGGGAGAAUCCAGCUUACAUAGUCAACGUAGCGUCGUCUAUUUACACGCUACCACCGUAGGUGCCAUACCACAGCCAUAUCAAUUGAGACGCCGCUCCAUAUCUCGUGAUGACUUGCGUUCCAAUAAAACGAAAAAUCAACCCUUGCAGCCCAUGACCCGCACAGUAUCACGCUCGGUGUCCAUGUUGGCCCCCUGGAAGCCCAAGUUGAUAAGUGAGGGCUAUGAAAUCAAUUAUUCUCAGGAACAAAAUAAGACGAUGUCAACACUGCCCCGCAAACCUCUGCAGAAUGGCAAUGCCAAUACCAUGACGCGCAACAAUAAAAAAUCCGAACCUCUAACAACACGUCAUAACACACGACGCCAUGCCGAUUACCUAAAGGACGAUCAAUCGUCGCUGAGAAAUUCUUCAACAACCAGCGCCUCCAAGUCAGGAUUAUCUACGAAUUUACAUCGUAAGAAAUGAAACUAACCAAGACGACAAUCUCUAUAGAGGAGAGGAGAUUAGAAGAGAAGAUACGACUACAUCUACACACAACAGCGACUUACUAAGUGUGCACUCACUCUCUCGCUAUAUGCCUUUCUCUUUCACUCACAUUAUAAAGUGUAUUAACCAAAUGCAAUAUCCACUUAACUACUAAGACAAGUCAAAAUUGAUUUAAAACAAAAACAAAAACAACCACAUAACUAAAACUAAAACAAAAUUAAUUUUGUAGCUAAGCUUAAAGAGAAGGAAAAGGAAUUUUUAAGUAAAGAAAUUUGUUAAAGCCCUUUUAAAGCAAAACGAGUAAUCAUCUUCGUUAGUGUAUGGGAAAAGCUUUCUAAAAGCUCUUGGCAAUUUUGUUAGGUGCACUCUUUUUUUUUUGGAAACACACAUACACACAAUUUGGUAAUAAAAUUGUGCCCCAAUUUCCUUUCAAGCCCUUAGUUAUAAGUUUUAAAAACUAAAUUUAUUUGUAAAAUGUCUAAUCAUUUUAUUUUCUCUACGAAAGCAAUAAUUAAUAAACUAACAAAUAUGAGCUUUUUAAGCUUUAAAGCCUUUUGUGUGCCCCCAUCUGCUUCCAUGGAAUCCCUAUCCCCUAAAUUUUCACCCAACGAUAAUGUUUAAAAUAUUUGUCGUAGUUCUAAGUUGUAAUAUUAUUAUGAUUAAUACUUAAUUCUUUUUUUUUGUAAUAAUUUGUUUUAUAAGUACGCAUAACGAUUAUUGAGUUUACUAAAACAAAAAAAAAAAAUAAUAAAUGUGAAUAAGAUCAUUUAUAUUUUAAUAUAUAUUUCUAAAAUAAAAAUCGAAACAAAAAAAACUAUUUUAUAAAAAAAAAUCCAAUAAACUAAAAAAAAACAACAAGAAA